GCAUAGGAAGUGUAAUAAAGAAGGGAGCGACGCACGAAUCGCCAUUGUUGAUUCUGAAGUCGCAAAAGCAGCAUCGUCCUGCGACUCUCCAAUUCAACUGCUUAAAACUGAGCUUGUGCCCUAGUUUUCUUGUUCUACUAAAUAGAUUUUGAGGCGAAAUGCAGAUCUUUGUGAAGACCCUCACCGGAAAGACCAUCACCCUCGAGGUCGAGCCAUCCGACACCAUUGAAAAUGUCAAGGCUAAGAUCCAGGACAAGGAAGGCAUCCCUCCCGACCAGCAGAGGUUGAUCUUCGCUGGUAAGCAGCUCGAGGAUGGCCGCACUCUUUCCGAUUACAACAUCCAGAAGGAGUCGACCCUCCACUUGGUCCUCCGCUUGCGAGGUGGUAUGCAGAUUUUCGUCAAGACCUUGACUGGCAAGACGAUCACCCUUGAGGUUGAGCCGUCCGACACCAUUGAAAAUGUCAAGGCCAAAAUCCAGGAUAAGGAAGGAAUUCCCCCUGACCAGCAGAGGUUGAUCUUUGCCGGCAAGCAGUUGGAAGAUGGACGCACCCUGUCCGACUACAACAUCCAAAAGGAGUCGACCCUCCACUUGGUCCUCCGUCUUCGUGGUGGCAUGCAGAUUUUCGUCAAGACCUUGACUGGAAAGACCAUCACUCUUGAAGUCGAGCCUUCGGACACAAUUGAAAAUGUUAAGGCUAAGAUCCAAGACAAGGAAGGCAUCCCUCCCGACCAGCAGAGGUUGAUCUUUGCUGGCAAACAGCUUGAGGACGGCCGCACAUUGUCCGAUUACAACAUCCAAAAAGAGUCCACGCUUCACUUGGUCCUUCGUCUGCGCGGUGGAAUGCAAAUUUUCGUUAAAACUCUCACAGGCAAGACCAUCACCCUUGAGGUUGAGCCCUCAGACACCAUUGAGAAUGUUAAGGCCAAGAUUCAGGAUAAGGAAGGAAUUCCCCCUGAUCAGCAGAGGUUGAUCUUCGCCGGCAAGCAGUUGGAAGAUGGCCGCACCCUCUCCGACUAUAACAUCCAAAAGGAGUCGACCCUCCAUCUAGUCCUCCGCCUCAGAGGUGGCAUGCAGAUCUUCGUGAAGACCUUGACCGGCAAGACCAUCACCUUGGAGGUCGAGCCUUCGGACACAAUUGAGAACGUUAAGGCCAAGAUCCAGGACAAGGAAGGCAUCCCUCCCGAUCAGCAGAGGUUGAUCUUCGCUGGCAAACAGCUUGAGGAUGGACGCACCCUUUCUGAUUACAACAUCCAGAAGGAGUCGACCCUCCACUUGGUCCUUCGUCUUCGCGGUGGAAUGCAGAUCUUCGUCAAAACACUCACAGGCAAGACCAUUACUCUGGAGGUUGAGCCCUCAGACACCAUUGAGAACGUCAAGGCUAAGAUCCAGGACAAGGAGGGCAUCCCUCCCGACCAGCAGCGUCUCAUUUUCGCUGGUAAGCAGCUGGAGGACGGACGCACGCUCUCCGACUACAACAUCCAAAAGGAAUCAACACUACAUCUCGUCCUCCGCCUCCGAGGAGGAAUGCAGAUCUUCGUUAAGACCCUGACCGGCAAGACAAUCACCCUGGAGGUUGAGCCCUCCGACACAAUCGAAAAUGUCAAGGCAAAAAUCCAGGACAAGGAGGGAAUCCCCCCUGACCAGCAGCGACUCAUUUUCGCUGGCAAGCAGCUCGAGGACGGCAGAACCCUGUCCGACUACAACAUUCAAAAAGAGUCCACCCUCCAUCUCGUGCUGCGUCUGCGCGGUGGCAUGCAGAUCUUCGUGAAGACCCUGACAGGCAAGACCAUCACUCUUGAGGUUGAGCCCUCGGACACCAUUGAGAACGUCAAGGCUAAGAUCCAGGACAAGGAAGGCAUCCCUCCUGACCAGCAGAGGUUGAUCUUCGCUGGCAAACAGCUCGAGGACGGACGCACCUUGUCUGACUACAAUAUUCAGAAGGAGUCCACCCUCCAUCUGGUCCUCCGCCUCCGAGGUGGCAUGCAGAUCUUUGUUAAGACCCUGACAGGCAAGACCAUCACUCUUGAGGUCGAGCCCUCAGACACCAUCGAGAAUGUGAAGGCCAAGAUCCAGGACAAGGAGGGUAUCCCUCCCGACCAGCAGCGACUCAUUUUCGCCGGCAAGCAGCUGGAGGACGGCAGAACCCUGUCCGACUACAACAUCCAGAAAGAGUCGACCCUUCACCUUGUCCUGCGUCUCCGAGGAGGAAAUUAAACUGCAUCUCAGAAAUAUUCCAGUAAAUUUAAAGUCUGCGUUUUUUUCACUUUCAAUUAUGUAACCAAUUACAAGGAAUAGAGACAAGUCAGUCAUAUAAAUACCUGAGUCACAAAUAAAGGAUAUAUUCCGUCUUGGUGCCGAAAAAUUAGCACAUGCGAUUUUUCUUGCAAAGAAAAGGCCAACAAUUAAUUCAGUUUACUAAGCCGUGCCUAAUUUUUACGACACCAAGACAAUAUUUGCAUUUGCAACUAAA